AUGAGCACCAGCGCAACGCCACAACGCCGGAAAAGGGCACUUUCUGAUAGCUCCGUGGAGAUUGUCGAGGUUCGCAGCGUCGGCAAGAAUAAGAAGAGGCAGAAGACGACGGAGAAGCAGCCCACACCACCGCCUGAGCCCGAGGAGAAGCGCCGGCGGGUCUUUCGGUCCGCGCCGCCAAAGGCAUUCAACGCCGUUUGGCAGCGCGCCACGUCGGAACGCUUCUUCGUGCUGAAGCGAGAGCGAGACGAUGCGGGGGACUGCCCGCAAGAGCUUUUCCAGCUGGCGGGGACCACGGGCAACGUGUACUCGAUCCAGAUAUCGCGAGAGCCCUCGUGCAACUGCCCGCAUGCGCUCAAAGGGAAUCAAUGCAAGCACACCAUAUAUAUAUUGCAUCGUGUUCUCAAGGCCCCGUACCACUUGGUCUACCAGCUCGGGCUCCUCAGCAGCGAGCUGCGGCAAAUCUACGACAAGCUCCCGCAGCGCGGCGCCGACGAUGACGCCAAGAACCGCAAGGCGGUCGAAGGCGAGUGCGCCAUCUGCUACAUGGACCUCGACCAGAAGGACAAGAAGAGCACUGUCUGGUGCCGCGCAGCCUGCGGCCAGAACCUGCACAAGGUGUGCUUCGACACGUGGGCGCGGACGUGCAGCGGCUGCGCCGUGACGUGCCCACUGUGCCGGAGUUCCUGGGAGAUGGACGAGAGGACAGACGCAGUGGCUUCGGUAGACACGAGCCGGGGCGUGGAGGGCGAGGACGGCUAUCUCAAUGUGGCCGACCAGCUUGGCAUCAGCGGUGAAAGAGAUGACAGCUCGUAUCAUAACCGAUACUGGGACCAUAUGGAAUCAAGAAUGGAAAGAUAUUACCGAGGGCGACGACGUAGUUCGGCGUGGAAUUGGGCGGCAAGUGACCCCGAGGCGCCGAAGGGGUCCGGGGAAACACAGAAGAUAAAUACAACCACGCAGGUCGUCUACACGGAGGUAUACCCUUGCCAUGUCUUCAAUAAUACCGUAAUUCUGCGUGUGCACGCCUUUAAUUUCACGCCAGCCGAGUUUCGCGGCACUGCUGGCGAAAUGAAACUCAUCUUCAAGCCAGUGUACCCAAGCCAGCUCGCGAUGGAAAGCUCUGGUGAAGUCGUCGCCGUCGGAUCCGCCGUCAAAAACUUCAAGGCCGGCGACGCAGCGUACGGCGUCUCCUUUGAGAAGCCCGUCUUUCGCGGGCCCCCGGCGGGGCUCGCCUCCGAGUACGCUGUCCUGGAUGAGCGGAUGCUUCUGCCGAAGCCGACGCACCUCUCCUUUGCCGACAUGGCGUGCCUGACGGGCGUGACGGUCACGGCGGUGCAGGCAUUUCGGCGCGGGAUGCGGCUCUCGGGCCAGCAAUCGCUGGAAGGCAAGACGGUCUUUGUCGGCGGCGGGCCCAGCGCUACGGGCUCCGUUGGCGUGCAGUACGCCAAGAAUGCGCUCGGGGCCGGCACGGUCAUCACGACGCUGUCCACGGGCAAGAUGGCUCUGAUUGACGAGCUGCUUCCGGGCGUCGAGGACGAAAAGAUUGAUUGUACAAAGACAAAGGUGGCGGAGGCGGUGCCAAAGGACAGUGUGGAUUUCACGUACCACACGCAGGCCACGGCGCCGCUCAAUGAAAGUGUCGGCAUCACGAAGCCAGGCGCCGGGGCCCUGAUCAAUAUCGCAGGUAUCCCUGGAAAAGAGAUCGUUUGUGAAAUGAUAGGCGCGGAUAGAUUCCCCUGGUGGCUUGGCAUCGCGCUCGAAGUUGUGCAUCCAUGGUACGAGUGGCUGCUGCUCGGCAGCAAUGUCAAGUACACGAUGGUUUCCGGAUCGCCAGACGUGCGCAAGGAUCUGGAAAUAGCGGGCGAGGCCAUUGCGCGCGGCCAGGUCAAGGCUGUGCCGACUACGGUGGACUUUGACGACUUGGAGGCUGUGAGAAGAGUGUGCAGCAUGGCUCAUACAGGAAAGGGCGGCGUAGGACAGAUUGUCGUGCGGAUUCGACGAGCGCUACAUAUGGCAUGGCCGUAG